AUGGGAUCAAUGGAGGAAGAAAUCAAGAGCUUAAUCAAGGUAUGCCUUUCCAUCUUUGCCUCUCUUUGCUACACCUAUUUCAUAGCUUCUAAAAUCCCCAAAGGCAAACUCAGGCUCCUCUCUCUCCUCCCUAUUUUCUACCUCUUCACCACCCUCCCUUUCUCUCUCUCCACCGCCCUCCCCGCCGGAGUGUUUGCCAUGUUCAUUACCUGGGUUGGUAGCUUCAAGCUCCUCCUCUUCUCCUUUGGUCAUGGCCCACUUUCAUCUGACCCACCCCUAAACUCCCUCAUCCUCUUCAUCUUCACUGCUUGCCUCCCAAUCAAAACAUCUCAACAGUUAUUUCCAAAUUUGGAAAGAACCCCUAAGUUGCCUCUGAAUUUGCCAACCAAAAUCUUGCUUUUCGGCAUAUUGGUUGCCCUAACUGACUAUAAAAAAUAUUUGCACCCCAGAAUUCUAUUAGGUCAGUAUUGUUGCAUGUUGUAUCUUUUUGUGGACGUGUUAGUAGGCGUAGCCAACGCAACGAUGCGAGCGGUUCUCGGAAUCGAGCUCGAAUCGCCGUCCAACGAGCCUUACCUUUCAACUUCGCUACAAGAUUUUUGGGGUAGGAGGUGGAACCUUAUGAUAACAAAUACGUUGCGCCAGACUGUGCACAAACCCGUGCGGUCAGCGGCCGAGACCUUCUUGGGGACUGCAUGGGCCCCCCUGCCGGCCGUGUUAGCCACGUUUUUGGUAUCGGGUUUGAUGCACGAGCUCAUAUACUUCUACAUGACGCGUGCGACUCCCACCUGGGAGGUUACGUGGUUCUUUGUUCUUCAUGGGGUGUGUUUGGUCGUCGAGUUCGGCGUGAAGAAGGCGUUGGGUGGAAGGUGGCGGCUGCAUUGGGUUGUGUCAACACCGUUGACCAUCGUUUUCGUGGUGGCCACCGCGACUUGGUUGUUCUUUCCACCGUUGGUCAGGAACGGCGUGGAUACAAGAGCUAUUGAGGAGUGCAAGGAAUUGGUAGAAUUUGUAAAGCAAAAGUUGAAAUGGGACCAAUUUUCAUGGCCGAUCAUUUCUUUAGGACAUUAAACUGUUAGCAUGGGAAUCCAAAAAAUUUUCUUUAGUUUGCACUUUUGUCGUAAAAGGACUCCUCUUAAACUUGUGUACAAUGGAAGGGUUUCAAACAAUGGAAGCGAAUCAAAUUAUUUGGAGCUA